AUGACAUCACAAAGAGUAGUCCAGUUAGUACGUCUUGGGCGUAUGCAGUAUGGUAUUACUUUAAACAUACAAAAUUCACUUGUACAAAGACACCUGGAAACAAACGAGCAAUCAGCUUUAGGCAAGUCUAAUGAACUUCUGCAACAAUUAAAGCUAAAAAAUGAACAUGAUGAAAUAUUGGACAAAUUGAUUCUAGUUGAACAUGAACCAGUGUACACAAUAGGAAAAAGAACUAAGGAGUAUACCCUUGAGGAAAGACAAAGACUUGAAGCUUUAGGAGCAGAUUUCUACAAGACUAAUCGUGGGGGUUUGAUCACAUACCUUGUUCCAGGACAACUAGUGGCAUAUCCUAUUCUCAACCUGGCUAACUAUAAACCCAGUAUUAAAUGGUAUAUGGACUCAUUAACAGAUGCCAUAAUAAACACUUGUAGACAGUUUAACAUAGAGGCUUCCUCUUCAUCUGAUGUUGGAGUUUGGGUUGGGAACAAUAAGAUAUGUGCAAUGGGUGUACAUGCCAGUGUACAUGCCAGUAGGUUCAUCACUAUGCAUGGAAUUGCCUUGAAUUGCAACACCGACAUGACAUGGUUCGAGCAUAUUGUACCAUGUGGCCUUGUUGGUAAGGGGGUGACAUCUAUCAGUCAGGAACUGAAUCAAAAUGUGACAAUCGAUGAUGCAGAAGGUCCUUUUCUCAAAUCGUUUUCAGAUUUCUUUAAAUGUGAGAUUGUUGAAAUAUAA